UUAAGUGGGCAUAAAUAUAUAAUGCCACCGAUAGCUGCAGUAUUUUUAUUGUGUUUAUUAACUUAAAAAGGCUUCAUGAAAAGUAUAGUAUCAAAACGAAUUGAACGAAUAUUAUGAUACAGAGGAUAACUCUUACCUUAAUGAUUUUUCGCUGGGCUUCGACUCAUUUAAAAGACGAACAAGACCAUUGCGCGCUGGCGGUGUCAUGCGUGCACGACGGCGCGCCGGUGUACGGCAUCGGACCGGACAACCGCACCGCACGCCUCUUUCUCGACACUUGCGACGUUCACGAGUAUAAUUGUGACCACAAAACUAAUUACAGACCAUGCAUCGAACACCAAGUCACAGAAAUCUCAACUCGUGCAGUUACAGAUAAUACAGAAGAAUUGUUGAGAUUAUCUCAAAUUGCAUUCCAACUACCUAAUGUUAAUACCUAG